AUGUCCUCGUCCGCUCAGCCUCGCAGAUUCCGCGCCGAACACCUCGGCUCACUCAUCCGCCCGGAUUCCCUUCUACAACUGCGCGCUGGGUUAUGGUCGGGGAAGACAGAUCGCGAAGAGCUGGCGAAGGCUGAGAAGGAGGCGAUCAGAGAUAUUGUGAAGAUGCAGAGGGAUGUGGGAUUGAAGGUCGUAUCGGACGGCGAGUUCACGAGACUUCUGUUCUUUGACGGCGUGUUCAACAAGCUCGAGGGCAUGCAGUCUGUCAAGGUUCCUUUGGACCAGUAUAUGGAGUACCUUGGCAGCAGCAAGGCUAUACGCGACCGCUCACAGGACGGCACGUUCCCAUCGUACAUCUGCACAGGCAAGUUGAAGCGCACUCAGCCAUUCUACAUCCCGGAGUUCGAGUACCUCAAGAGCGUGGUCCCUCCCGAGGAUCAUGCAAAUAUCAAGAUCACGAUGUGCUCGCCUGAGUGGUUCCACAUCCGCCACGGACCAUACACCUACAGCAAAGACGCAUAUAGCAGCGACGAGGAGUACUUCGCCGACAUCGUCACGGCCUACCGUGCAGAGCUCGCCGAGCUCUACGACGCUGGCUGCAGAAACAUUCAAUUUGACGACCCGCAACUCAUCGAGUUCUGUUCCUCCGAUUCGCUCGAUGGCAUGCGCAAGCACGGGAUGGAUCCCGACAAACUCCUGCAGCUGUACAUCGACACGUAUAACCGUAUCCUGGAGGGACGACCGGAGGGUUUGAGAGUUGGGAUACAUAUUUGUCGGGGCAACUUCAAGGAGAGCGAGGAACAUUAUACGACGAAGGGAAGCUACGACCGGAUCGCGAUCAAGCUGUUCAACGAGCUCAACGUCGACCGUUAUUAUCUCGAAUACGAGACCGGACGCGCGGGCACGUUCGAGCCUCUCAAGCAUCUCCCGAAGCACAAAGACGUCGUGCUCGGCUUGGUAUCGACAAAGACUGCCGUGCUGGAAGAUCCGGAGGAGUUGAAGGCGCGCGUCAAUACAGCUGCAGAGCUGAUUGCCAGUGGCGGAGAUGGGAGGUCCAAAGAGGAAGCAUUGAACCAGAUCUGCAUAUCACCGCAGUGCGGGUUCGCGUCAAAGGACGACGCGCACAAGUUCACGCAUGAGGACAUGGUGAAGAAGCUAAAGCUCGUCGUGGACACUGCGAAUGCGAUAUGGCCGGGUGAAGCAUGA